UCGCGAAUAAAUGUGGGUUUGAUAAUAAAGAAUUGCGUUGGUGAACAAUAAUAAUACAAAUCCUUAAUGUACCAAGCGGAUAACUUGUGAAUACUGAUUUUGGAAAUAUAAGUGAUCCGGGCGGAAAUACGAUUUAGGAAAUACCAUAUAAAAUCAUGGCAUCAAUAUCGGAUGAUGGCAUGGUUCUCAGCGGCUACCACAAAAAGUUAAAAACCAUGAAGAAAAAGUUUUUUGCUUUGUAUGAGGAAACAUGCAAUUCCUCAGCCCGUCUGGAAUAUUAUGAUACGGAAAAGAAGUUCCUGCAGAGAGCAGAACCAAAAAGAGUAAUUUACCUGAAGAAUUGCUUUAACAUAAACCGUCGUAUGGACACCAAACACAGAUUUGUUAUUGUGCUCUCCUCAAGAGAAGGCGGAUUUGGAAUCGUCCUAGAAAACGAAAAUGAUUUACGCAAAUGGUUGGAUAAACUUUUAUUCCUACAAAGGAAUAUAGCCAAUAUGAAUGGCCAAGUAUUUUCAUCUUAUGAUCAAGUUUGGCAAGUUGUUAUCCAAAAGAAGGGAAUGUCGGAGAAAGUUGGAAUCACCGGAACGUAUCACUGCUGCCUUACUUCUAAAUCCCUGACGUUCGUGUGCAUAGGACCAGAAAAGACUGCUAAUGGUGAUGAUCGAGUUGCUAGCAUAGAAAUUCUUCUGACAACGAUCAGGCGAUGCGGCCAUGCAUCCCCUCAAUGUAUAUUCUACAUGGAACUCGGUCGUCAGAGUGUCCUGGGAUCUGGCGAAUUGUGGAUGGAAACGGAUAAUGCAGCCAUUGCUACAAAUAUGCACAAUACGAUAUUAAGCGCUAUGUCAGCUAAAACAGAGUCGAACACGAAUUUAAUAAAUGUUUAUCAAACCCGGCCUGAUAUUACCCAUGAACCAAUGAGAAAGCGGUCAUCAUCUGCAAACGAAGCUUCAAAACCGAUAAAUGUUAUACAAAAUCGCCAGAACUCUCUGGAAUUGCGAAAUUGUAGUUCACCACAUAACUACAGCUUUGGAAGAGAAAGAUGCGAUAGUUUGCCAACCAGAAAUGGAACCCUAAGCGAGUGCAGUAAUCAAACGUACUUUGGCUACAAUCAUGGGAUAAGAUCCAACACCAUUUCCGGUAUCCGUCCACACUCAUCCAACAAACACAGUAAUAGUCCGACAUUCAACAUGCCAUUAAGAUGCUCAGAAUCUGAAGAGUCGUCAGUUAGUGUCGAUGAAUCCGAUGAUAAUGGAAGUUUUAGCCACUACCGUUUAAACACUCGGUCAUCAAAAACGGCUAUUCCCGAGGAAAACAUAGAUGACUUCGCAAGCGCAGAAUUCAGCAAAGUCACAGAACAUAGUGAAAGUGACGAAAACUACAUACCGAUGACCCCCAUUAAGCCAUUAUCUGGUGAAUGUAUUCCCGAAAGAGAAAAGGUUGAUCCGCAAGGCACGGGAGAUACAAACUUGCAAUUCGACUUUCCGGAGCACACAUCUGAAAAACUGGGCAAGAAUUUUGAUCUUGAUUCUGAUAACCAAUGUCAACGUCCCAUUCGGGCUUACUCAAUAGGAAACAAAGUUGAGCAUUUAAAGUUGAAUAAACGACUGGGCCAUUUAAAUGAAACAGGGCAAAAUUCGAAUCGUGUACGAGCUUACUCUGUUGGCUCGAAAUCAAAGAUACCACGGUGCGACUUGCAACGAGUUGUCCUUGUAGAGGAUAAUAGGCACGAUUUCGGUACGAAUAGAAGUCACAGUAGCAUUACAAGGGAUGGACCCAGUUUUGGAACAAGUGCAAGCCGCGAAAAGAAAUCUACAAGUGCUCCACUCUUGAGUCUUAAGAAUCAAAUAAACUCAGACCGAAUGAGUGACCUAAUGGAAAUUGAUUUUUCACAAGCAACCAAUUUGCAAAAACAGAAAUUCAUCAAAAAUUUCGAAAUUCCCUCAAAUUUCAGAACCGAAAGCUCAAGUUCCAGUUCAACUGUGCACGCUACAAGUCAGAAAGACAUUUUUAACGGAAUUAAAGUUAGCAACACAGCGAGCAGUUCAGAGGGUGGAUACCUCGAGAUGAAACCAGUAGGCAAUGCACAUAUUCCCAGUACGAUUUGCCUUCCAAGUAAAAUAGAAAUGCUUAAGCUAAAAGACAACACCGUAAAACCAGUACAUGAAGUUUCUAAAAUAAGUACAUACAAUAUUGCUACUGAGAAGUGGAGAGAACCGCCCAAAAACGACGUAAAGAAGCCUGAGUCCCCUAUAGAGGAAAAACCUACUAAUUUAGAGCCGACAACCGUAGAAAGUAAUAACCUUGAUGGUUAUCCACAAAACAACAUUAACCGUGAUACGAUAACCGUGCAAAGCGAUAAACAAAAUAAUAUUGAAGAUAAAAUUUUGGAGAACAACAAUUUGGAUAUAGGUGGUACUGAGGAAAAGAAAUUGGUCCACUCAAUAAGUAGCGAAGAUUAUGCAAACGUUGAUCAUAAUGGAGUUGGCUACAAAAUUCUCCAAAUUAAAAGCGACAGUUCCCUUAUAUCGAAGCUGUACCAAAAAGGUAUAAUACUUAAAGAUACUUUAGACCGUCAGCAAAGACUUACGGAAAGUGUUAAUACGAUACCCGAUAAUGCUACAAGCUCAGUCAACAAAUUCAAUUUAUAUCCAAAACCAACAGAUUCGAAAAGCACUGAUUCAAGUACACAACCGAACAUUCUGCAGAUCAAAGAUUUGAAUUUCCCGUCAAGGUCUUCUUCACGCAUAUCGCAGCCGGAGCUUCACUACGCAAGCCUAGAUCUUCCCCAUUGUAGCGGCCAAAAUCCAGCUAAAUACCUGAAAAGGGGUUCCCGCGAAUCCCCGCCAGUGUCUGCAUGCCCAGAAGACGGAAAUACCUAUGCGAAAAUCGACUUUGAUCAAUCAGACUCUUCUUCCUCCUCAUCAAACAUAUUUAAUACGUAAAGUUUUGAAACCUACGACUAUAUGUAUAUGAUUUGUUUAAAUAUUGUACAUUUACUGUAAAUAUUCUCUGACAAGCAAAGCUUACAAUUUUGGAUGCUAAUAAAUAAAUUUUAUUUAAAUUAUAAAACGAUGCUUCUUGACUUGAACGUUUUGGUUCAAAA